AUGUUAGAAGGCUCUGUUUCAACAAAGACGGGUGUGUUUGGUUUUGGUGUUUUGUUGCUUGAAAUUAUAAGCAGCAAGAUGAAUCAUGGGACCUAUGAUGUGGAACACCCAAUCAACUUUCUAGGGCUUGCAUGGGAACUGUGGAAUGAAGGUAGAGGUUUGGAGUUGAUGGAUCAAGUAUUGGAAAAUUCAUGCACUCCAGAGGAAGUAAUGACGUGCAUCCAUGUAGGUAUGCUGUGUGUUCAAGAUCAUGCUAUGAUUAGACCUACCAUGUCAGAAGUUAUUUCUAUGCUCACAAAUGAAAAUAUGCAUCUACCUGAGCCAAAACGAACAGCCUUCUUCUUUGAGAGGCAUGAUCCAGAUUCAGCAAGAGAUGAUAAUUUAGGAAAUGUCUUAGUAAAUGGGCAAUCAAUUUCGAUUUUGAUGGCGAGAUAA